AGGGGGCUCUGGCUGAGGCUGAGGGGUGCAGAGAGCAACCCCUCCAUGGAGCCAGGGCUUGAACCCACUGAGGGCGGGGCACAGCUGCCUCAGGGAGACACAGGGGCAGGACCAGGCCGAGGCCUCCUCCUCUCUUGGCCACCUGAAGAAAACGGGAGAGGAGAAGGCACUGGGCACCUGGGAACAAGGGGACAGGCUGAGGCCCAGGCCCUGUCACCAGCUCUCUCACACCAAGCAAGAUACAGUUUCCAUGACAACUUGGCCAGCCAGAAAAGAGGCGGGGGACUGCAGAGGGAAUUUUCCACAUCAGCAGGAAGGAGUGGAGCGGUGUGGGCUGCAGAGGAAGGAAGAGCAGGGAAGGCAGAUGCCACGCAGGGCCGCCCAAGCCCCAAGUCACCAUGCCCUGCCCAGGGGCGCCCUCUGCAGACCCACUGCCCAUCUCUGGCCACUGGGGGCACCAGGGAGGUUCAGGCAGGGCCAAGGGUCAAAUGUCCAAAGAGCAGCAGCUACGCAGCCUGCGUGGGGCACUGAGCAGGCAGGGAGGCCCAGCCGCAGAACACAAGACCCAAGGGCAUGGCCCCUGCUGGGGUCCGGCGGAAGGUGGGGGUGGUGGGCUAUGGCCGCCUGGGACAGUCCCUCGUCUCCCGCCUUCUGGCUCAGGGAUCUGAACUGGGCCUUGAACUUGUAUUUGUCUGGAACCGAGACCCAGGCCGCAUGGCAGGGAGCGUGCCCCCGUCCCUGCAGCUCCACAGCCUCACUGCCCUUGGGGAAAGGCACCCUGAUCUGGUGGUAGAAGUGGCCCAUCCCAAAAUAAUCCAGGAAUCUGGGGCACACAUCCUGCGCCAUGCCAACCUCCUGGUGGGGUCCCCAUCAGCCCUGGCUGACCAGACCACACAGCAGCAGCUCCUUGCCGCCUCCCACCACUGGGGCCACGCCAUGUUUGUGGCUCGAGGAGCACUGUGGGGGACUGAGGACAUCUCGAGAUUGGAUGCAGCCGGAGGCCUCCAGAGCCUUCGAGUCACCAUGGCCACACACCCAGAUGGCUUCCGGCUAGAGGGACCCCUAGCUACCACUCACAGCACUGGGCCUCGCACUGUGCUCUACGAAGGCCCUGUCCGUGGGCUCUGCCCCUUUGCUCCCCGAAACUCCAACACCAUGGCAGCUGCUGCCCUGGCUGCCCCCAGCCUAGGCUUUGACAACGUGAUCGGGGUGCUUGUGGCGGAUCUCAGCCUCGCGGACAUGCACGUGGUGGACGUGGAGCUGAGAGGACCCCCGGGGCCCACGGGCCGGAAUUUCGCUGUGCACACCCACCGGGAGAACCCAGCGGAGCCAGGCGCUGUCACCGGCUCCGCCACUGUUGCUGCCUUCUGGCGCAGCCUCCUGGCAGGAGCCGAGGGCAGCAUGUCCCAGGCCCCAGGAGCACGGCCGAGCCCACCCUCCGUGUACCACGAGCGGCAGCGCCUGGAGCUGUGUGCCGUCCACGCCCUCAACAACGUUCUGCAGCAGCAGCUCUUUAGCCAGGAGGCUGCCGAUGAGAUCUGCAAGAGGCUGGCCCCCGACUCCCGGCUGAACCCCCACCGCAGCCUCCUGGGUACCGGCAACUAUGACGUCAACGUGAUCAUGGCGGCCCUGCAGGGGCUGGGCCUGGCCGCUGUAUGGUGGGACCGCAGGAGGCCCCUGUCCCAGCUGGCCCUGCCCCAGGUGCUGGGGCUGAUCCUGAACCUGCCCUCGCCCGUGUCGCUGGGGCUGCUGUCCCUGCCACUGCGCCGGCGGCACUGGGUGGCCCUGCGCCAGGUGGACGGCAUCUACUACAACCUCGACUCCAAACUGCGGGCGCCGGAGGCCCUUGGGGACGAGGAUGGUGUCAGGGCCUUUGUGGCGGCCGCCCUGGCCCGAGGGCUGUGUGAGGUGCUGCUGGUGGUGACCAAGGAGGUGGAGGAGAAGGGCUGCUGGCUGCAGACAGACUGACCACCCGCAGGGACUGCCUCAGCGCUGCCUGCCACAUCCUGGCCAGCCUGAGUUCAAGUGCCAGGGGAGGGCCUGUGCUCCAGGGCCCUGAGAGGCCCGGCCCCUUCCCCACAUUCCCCAGCCCCAUGCCGCUGCUGCCUCAAUAAAUCUGCUGGUUUGCUCCAGCCUCGCCUGCA